AAUUUACUCGUAGAGAAUUGAUUUCGGUUCACUGAACAUGCUCUACGAUAUUGAUUGUAUCGACCAUUUGUACAUGUAGUCGACUUGAUUAAAUAGACUAAAUUCCGUUCAGGAUAAGUUCCCUUUCUCUCAGUCUCAUGAACAGCUGAUCUCUGACCAUGACUACGAGUUUGGUAAACGUACUGCCCCGACGUCGUGUAAGUGCAGCUGGGAAGUCACUGACAAGGUUGUGUUUGCCGUGCUUCCGGAGGUUCAUCAGCUACAAGCAUACAACGCCCUGCUUCGUGACGACACCUAUCUUUUAUGUAAAUGCAGGGCCUCAUAUCGGUCACCUGUACACAGUUCUUCUGGCAGAUGCUCAUGCUAGAUGGAACAGACUGACAGGCCGAAAAGUCGUCUUCUCUACAGGGACAGAUGAACAUGGCCUCAAGAUUCAACAGGCAGCAGCCAGAAGUCAGCGAUCACCACCAGAGUACUGUGAUGAGGUCUCCCAGCAGUUUAAGGUGCUGUUUGAAUCGGCCAACAUUCAGCAUGACGACUUCAUCAGAACCACCCAGGACAGACACCACAGGGCAGUGCAGAGAUUCUGGGAGCACCUUGAAUCAAAUGGUCACAUCUACCGCGGCAGUUACGAAGGCUGGUAUUCUGUGUCUGAUGAAGCGUUUCUCACAUCAGAGGAAGUGAAAGAUGUAGCAACACAUGAUGGAAGCUCUGCCAAGGUGAGUGUGGAGAGUGAGCAGCCAGUCACGUGGAUGAAGGAGAACAACUACAUGUUCCGCCUCUCGGCCUUCACCCACAGACUGGAGCGGUGGCUCGAUACUGGAGCUGUGAAGCCAUCAAAGUUUGAGACAGUGAUCAGACAGUACCUGCAGGACUUACCAGACCUGUCUGUAUCCAGGCAACGGGAGAGGCUGCCGUGGGGGGUGCCAGUUCCUGGGGAUGAGUCGCAAACAAUCUAUGUCUGGCUGGACGCUCUCAUCAACUAUCUGACGGUUGCUGGUUACCCCGACAACCUUACAACAUGGCCACCUACAUCACAGAUCAUUGGCAAGGACAUUUUAAAGUUUCAUGCAGUCUACUGGCCCGCGUUCCUGAUGGCUGCAGACCUGCCGCCUCUGACACGCCUGCUGUGUCACUCUCAUUGGCUGGUAGAAGGGAGAAAGAUGUCCAAGAGCCUGGGAAAUGUGGUGGACCCCAGUGACUGCAUGGAGCGAUACAGCGUGGAUGGACUAAGAUACUUCCUGUUGAAAGAAGGGACCCCACAUUCAGAUGGAAAUUACACUGACCGGAAAGUGAUGGAGACAAUCAACAGCGGCCUUGUCAACACCCUAGGCAACCUACUCCAUCGGUGUACAUCGUCCAGCAUCAACGGCGCCCAGGUCUUCCCUCCACUGAAUCCCCAGGCUUUGGACACCUGCUUCUCUGCCGAGGAACUUCACACGUACCACACACUGAAGACACUGCCAGAUUCGUUGGAUGAACAUUACCAGAAUCUGACGAUAUACAAAGCUCUCGACGAGCUGAUCUCUGUUCUCCAUCAGACAAAUGCAAUGUUUGAUCAUCACAAGCCAUGGCAACUGACCAAACAGCCGGACCAAUUAGAACAUCUCAACACCGUUUUGCAUGUUGCUAUGGAAACACUGAGGACUUGUGGGAUACUUAUGCAGCCUGUGAUCCCUAAUAUGGCCGACCAACUUUUGACCAAACUUGGUAUUCGUGCUGAUAGAAGGACAGUUGAUUGUAUUUAUGAGGACUUUGUCAAAGAUGAACCAGUAAAUCUUGGAACAGACACAUCUGUGUUGCUGAAAAGAGUAAAGUGAUGCAGGAAGUAGUCGUUAGUGUAGGGCACCCUAUUUCACAAAACAGUCUUGAUUAUCCAAAGUCCUUGUUUGUGUGUCAAUAUUAGGAUCAUCAAAACAGAUUGCUUUGUGCACAUGGACCAAGGACUUACUUUGUACAGACUUUGAAGUGUGAUUUGAAUUAAAGUGUAUGCAUAAUA